GACAAACUAAACAGAGGAAACAAUGCAGAUUUUGAAAUUCUACAGAUCCUGAAGGUCUACACACGGAUCAUCGUAAUAUUUUUUAAUCAAUUAUCGCCAUGACAUAAUGUAACACGUGUUUAUGUCAGAAAACGCGCGUAACCGAGCUUGUGAAACAAGCGCUCUUCUGGUCAAAGUCGUGGUCAACAGCCCGACAAAAGCGCGCGCAUAACAGUGACCCGAUUUGCUAAUUAACGUAACGGUCAUUGCUCCAUUAAACUGUCCGGUUUCAUUCUCCGUACCUGUGAAAAUAAUAAUUAUUUGAUGUGGAAGUAAUUCCUCUCGUAAUUAGUCGUUACAUGACAGGCAUGACUCCGAGAUUAAUUAACGAAAAACGAUGUCUAGAUCGGUAGAUUUCGUUUUGCUUUCAGGGGAUAAGGUUGCUCUGAAGUAAUGCGGUAAGUGUUUGAAUUUUUCGUCUAUAGAGAUCACAUACACGCACAUAAAAUGAUUAAAGAAAGAAAAUAAAUUAACAGUCAUAGCAUGUACUUAAUAUUUUUGAAUUAUUUUUUUUCGCGGAAAUGAAGAUUGAUGAAAUUAUUGGUAGGAUUAUUUAGUAUACAUGUAAUUGUUUUGCAAUCACGUAAAACUUUCAUACAUAUGUUACUUACGAAAAUAUUCUGUUUAUAUCAUAUUUGGUAUGGUUAUUGUCAAAAUGUUGACGAUUUGUUUGAAUUUCAAGUCUUCAGAAAACGCUUCAUCUCAAGUAAGCUUGAUAUUAGUAUUCUGAAAGAUGAUGAUGACCGCCACAAUGCGAAUUUGUGUUAAAAUGAAUUUAGAAUUUCUCCGUAGAAUAUCAACCGUCCAUACUUGUUUGCUGGGAUGCUUGUUCUUGACAUCCUUUGCGGACGAAGAUGACUCGGAGUUGGAAGUCGAUGAAUAUCUGGGCAAGGUUGUUGGAUCUUUGGGAAACUUCGGGGAUUACUAUGAAAAAGGUAAGGAGUCAUCUGGAUUUUGUGACGACGAUGUACUGAUAGGUGGCUGGUCCUACUCUCGUCUCCGGGGGUCCUGUAAUCAGUACCUACACUGUGCCGGGGACAGGGCUUUCAUCCAGACUUGUGCAGCGGGGACUUUCUACGACGGACAGGAAUGUCGUCACGCCGACGAGGUCACGUGUCCCGCAGAUCCCUGCCUUCGAAAGCACCAUGGUUUCACAUACACAGACGGUCAGAGUUGUUACGGGUUUUAUCAGUGUAUGAAAGGAAAGUCCAGAUAUCACACGUGUCACGACGGGUUUUAUUUCAACCCCUAUAAGCAGGGCUGCUUCCGGGACCCGACAUGUCACAAGAAUAACCUAAUACACCCAUGCGCUUUUGGAACUACCCUGCCGUUCCCCGGACGCCCUAAUCUAUUCUAUCUGUAUAACGGUCACAAGACAAUGACCCCCAUGAAGUGCCCCAAGGGAACAUGGUACCGACCCGAUAUAUGCACGUGUGACUGGAUCACGCCGGGAAAAGUAGAGAAGGGGGGGUGCAAACCGAUGUUCUACUUUAAAUACAACGGAAACUUCCUGGAAAAAUAUAAUCGUGUGCAACAGAUGCCAACGGCAGGUGUCGCUUUGUUCCGGAAAUCCGUUCUCUUUGAUCAUGGCGGAAAAAUCAUUAUAUGGGCCAUGAACAACAUGGAACUUGAUGGAGAUUUCUCACUCUGUUUUGAGUUCAUGGUGAAAACUUAUAAAGGAGAAAUUGCCUUGUUGUCUAAUGAUUUUGGGAAUGACCAUUUUACGUACAAAUUAACUUAUAUACCAGCUCUAGGAGUAGUUAAAGCGUACUUUGUGCUUAAAGAUGGUACCGUGGCUAUACUCAGCGUCGUAGGUGUGGACCCAAUGCAACCUCAUUUCGUUCGGAUAGCAAAAUCUAACAGUGUGCUUCAAAUGAAAAUCGACAACUCUCAACUGGGCGUUGUUCAUCUACAUGCGGGUAUAGUGGUAGGAAAAAGUCCUAUGGUGAUAGGCGCUGCCAAGGGGUGCUCAAACUUCGUCGGAUAUUUUGAUGAGUUAAAGUUCUUCCAUUGUAAUCCUGCCAUGUUCUUUGGCGAUUAUGAUGACGUAAAUGGCCAUGGCGAUGAUGAUGACGAUGAUGACAACGACUUUGAUGACUACAACAAAGACUUUAAUCACUACAACAAUGAUUUUGAUGGCUACAACAAUGAUUUUGAUGGCUAUGACAAUGACUUUGAUGGCUACGACAAUGACUUUGAUGCUGACAGAAAGUGAUAACUGCCGAAAAAUCAGCACAUUAAAGAGGCACAUCCUACAUGUACGUUGCUGACUUUAUCAGAUUGUUUUAGUCUCAGCAACUGAAAGUCAUUGGUUGGAUUGCAAUAUGAUGGAAGCCAAAACGAACAGAGACACAAAGACUUUGAUCUCAUACUGUUGACACAUACAUAUACUAGUAUUUUAAAAACAUUUUUUGAAAAGCAAUAAAAAGAAAAAGAAAAAAACAAAGAAACAAAUUACUAUGGUUUCAUCAUUUUCAUUGAAAAUCAAUUUGUUUUGUUUUCUGAUUGAGCCAAGUCAAAUAUUCCAGCACUGAACUAAAUGACAAGCAAAGACAGAAAAGAAAAUGUUGUAUAUUUGAAGUCCGCGAAAAUUGAUAAAACACAGUAUCUAAAUUGAGUAUACAGAUAUAGAUUUAUAGACAUUUGACAGAAAUUUGGUCGCAGUUAAGGUGUACAUGUUGAUGUCCCGAAUGAUGUUUACGUAGAGUGUUUAGAGCCUAGAUUCACUUUCAUAUACCGGUGCACCUAGCCCUUAGGUACUGAAUAUAUAUACUGCAAUCUAACUUAUUCAAUAUACAUAAUGGUUUAGGUAGGUGUAAAUAUAGAAUAUAUUUGAUAGAAACAUUCAUAUACUGUUUACAUAUUACAUGUAGAUAUCUCAGAGGACAAUAUUGUCUCGCUAGGUGUGUCGCUAUAACACAAAUGUAACACUUUCAACAGAUGCUAACAAUAAAACACGAUGUGCGUUUUUGUUUGCUUGGGUUUUUAUGUCUAUUUUUGUUUGGUAUACAGUGUUUAAUCGUGUGUAUGUGAAAUAAAUUCAUCUUUCAAAAGCUGUUUUCCUAAACUUUAUCAAUUGUGGUGCAGACUUUCAUUUGUGAGACCGCAAUGAUUGCAUAGGCGAAUCUCGACAAUAAUUGUAAAGGCGGAUCUCGACAAUGAUUGUAAAGGCGGAU